CUAAAUCUUUUAGUAGUAGAACAUUUUGACUGCUGUGUUAAAUUACAUUUGUGUGUUCGUGUCUUUUUAAUAACUUUAACUUCGUCUCUGUCCGGAUGUCGCCCCUUUAACCGUUAACAGAGUCGAGCGACGCCACAUACGCGCACUGCGUCUGCCGUUAUUAACAGCAGGUGACGUUAGCUUGUCUCUGGGUGCUUAUCGGAUUGCUACACCGGGGUCCUUGGUGCAAAAUCCCAAACCGACAAAACAGAAAUGAGUUCGCAAAUUCGGCAAAACUUCCACCAGGACUGUGAGGCUGCCAUCAACAGACAGAUAAACCUGGAGCUGUAUGCUUCUUAUGUUUAUCUCUCUAUGGCAUACUAUUUUGAUAGGGAUGAUAAAUCCCUACCGAAUUUUGCAAAGUUCUUUGGUGCGCAGUCCAAAGAGGAGCGUGAGCAUGCCGAGAAGCUGAUGAGUCUACAGAACAAGAGGGGAGGCAAGAUUUUUCUGCAGGACAUCAGGAAACCCGAUAGGGAUGAGUGGGGGAGCGGCCUGGAGGCUUUGGAGUGUGCUUUGCAGCUGGAGAAAAGCGUAAACCAAUCCCUGCUGGACCUGCAGAAAAUGGCGACUGAACACAAUGAUCCUCAUAUGUGCGACUUCAUUGAGACACAUUUUCUGGAUGAGCAGGUUAAAUCUAUCAAACAGCUCGCUGACUGGGUCUCCAACCUGCGCCGCAUGGGAGCGCCACAGAGCGGCAUGGCUGAGUACCUCUUUGACAAACACACCAUGGCUGAAGAGGCCAGUUAAACUACGCUGUGACACUGAUGAUCAUCCUGGUCACCUCUGCAUGCCAGCCUGCCCCGCCUGUCCCUGACAUGUACUGCAUAUAAUACAGAUACUGUGUUACGAUACUGUGAUACUGUGUUAUUUAUGUUAGUUUGCUGUCAAUCACCUGCAGAGUUUGAAAAAGCCAUAGAUAGCUCUCUAAACUGGAGUACUGCAGAGCUCACUUCUCAUUACAUUCCAGAUUACAAACCAUCUGAGAGAUGUUUUGCACAAAUAAAGACUGAGAAAACCUUUAAAUAAAUAUCUUUUGAAUAUUUCUGAUGUGUUCCUAAAGUAUGAUGCCUAAAACCAGUAAAACCUGAGGUCGAAGUUUGUGUUAAUUAAAAAAAACAUUUGCUUGUCUUUGAGCACUAAGUGUACGCAGGCUGGACUGUGCCACUGAAAUAUUUAUAGGCUUUUAUAUUAAGUUUAUGUGUGUACAUAAUAAAGUUGAUUUUAAACUGUCAGUGAA